UUUCACUAUUUCCCUUACCUCCCCUGGGAGCUGCGUGCUCGAGUCUGGGAACUUUCUGCUGAGCCCCGCGUAGUCCACGUUCGCACGGUGGAGUCUGGAAACCCGUUGUCGGAUGCGUCCGACGGAAAGAAGGAGUACAAGACGGUUUUUUCCAGUAACCCCAUACCAGCAAUGCUCCAGGCGUGUCGCGAGUCACGUAACCUUGGAGUAUACCGACAGUGCUUUUCCGAGGGCCAACGCAUCCUCGAAUUCGCCCCGAAAACCACCCGGAUUCGAUACGUCUGGUUGAACCUCGAUCUUGACCUAAUCGAUAUUGGGAAGCGGGACCUUCGCGAUCUGAAGUUCGUUGCCCCAACUAUCAAGCGGCUCAAGUUGGAGCGC